AUGGAGACAGAUUUCGACUGUAAGAUGGUACCUGUUGCCAUUAUUGGGAUGGGUUGCAAUCUUCCCGGGAAGGUUCGGUCCCCAGGACAGUUUUGGGAUCUCAUUAUGAGUAAAGGUAUUGCGAACAACGCAAAGGUUCCAGUAGCCAGGUUCAAUGUUGAUUCAUAUCUACACGAAAACAAUAACCGCCCUGGUAGCUUCAAUAUUUCCGGGGGGUACUUCUUGGAUGGCAGUUUAGUGGAAUUUGAUCCGGCCGUCUUUGAAAUUUCUCCAAUCGAGGCUGCCUGGAUGGACCCACAACAACGUAAGCUUCUGGAAGUUGUUUAUGAAGCAAUUGAGAGUAGUGGCAAUACUCUGGAGCAGGUGGGAAAAGAUGUGACUGGAUGCUUUGCUGCUUCCUUUUCUCAUGAUUUCCAACAAAUGGCUCUGAAAGAGCCAGACUUCCGACAUCCUUAUACCACCACGGGAAUUGAUGCUGGGAUCUUGAGUAACAGGAUCAGUCAUGUCUUUAACCUGCGUGGUCCAAGCGUAGCCAUAAAUACCGCAUGCUCAUCCUCUAUGUAUGCACUUCAUGCCGCGUGCAGUGCCAUUCGGAAUGAAGAAUGUGAAGCUGCAAUUCAAAUGAACACCGCAGCGCUGAAUGUAUUAUCACCGACGAACAUCUGCCACACAUUUGAUGAAGCGGCUGAUGGAUAUGGUCGUGCCGAGGGCGUUGGUGCGCUUUACAUAAAGCGCCUAGAUCUGGCUAUAAAGAACGGCGACCCUAUUCGUGCCGUAAUCAGAUCUACUGCUGUGAAUGCUAACGGCAAAGUGCGCGACGCUGCAAUUACAUUUCCAAGCUUUCAGGGCCAGGCCGAUGUGAUGAAAGCCGCAUACAAUUUGAGUGGCCUCGACCCUGUUCUAACCGGCUACGUGGAAUGCCACGGAACUGGAACUCAAGUUGGAGAUCCAGUCGAGGUGCAUGCGGUUGGCGACACCAUGAGACCUCAUCCCGGGGCAGAAUCUCCGAUCUUAAUUGGAAGCGUCAAACCCAAUGUGGGACACAGCGAAGCCUCGAGCAGUAUUUCCACAGUCAUCAAAACUGUGCUCGCCAUUGAAAGGGGGGUCAUACCCCCAACCGCGGGAGUUGUAAAUCUUAACAAAAAAAUAAAUUGGUCCGGGCUGCAGGUAAGAGUCGUCACAGAUCCUACUCCCUUUCCCACAAAUCUCCCAAUACGCCGUGUUGGCGUAAACGCAUUUGGGUAUGGGGGUACUAAUUCACAUGCUAUCAUUGAGAAUGUUGAGGCAUUGUUGCCGCACUAUCACAAUCACAAUUCUCUAUAUAAAACUACUCAUGCUUUAAGCAAUGGGGAUGAGAACAUCGAAAAUUUAAACCGACCACACCUCCUAGUUUUCUCUGCUCAUGAUCGCGAGACCUUGGAAAGGAACAUUGAUGCACACGCUCAGUUGAGUUUUGGUCUGGCUAAAGGACAGCCUAUGUUAGACCUUGCAUAUACUAUAGCUUGUCGCCGUACCAAGCUUACUCGUCGUGCUUUCGCUGUAUGUCGCAAGGAAUCUUAUGUAAACAGUCUUAGCAGUGCCCUCGAAAACGAGCAUGCCGAAAAAGACCCAGCAACAGUUGCUCUGAUAUUUACAGGUCAAGGUGCGCAGUGGCCACAAAUGGGAGCCCGCUUACUACAACUAUACCCUCAUUUUCUCAAAUCAAUCCAAAGUCUUGAUCGCCAUUUAUCUACCCUACCAGAUCCCCCCUCCUGGAAUAUUGAAGAAGAGCUAUGUGCCCCUGGCUCUAACAGUUGUGUAAAUGAAGCGGUCUUUGCGCAACCAUUAUGUACGGCGAUUCAAAUCGGCCUGGUAGAUCUACUUCGAAGUUGGGGAGUUAAACCUGUUGCCACCGCAGGCCACUCAUCUGGCGAGAUCGCUGCCGCCUACGCCGCGGGUAUAAUUUCAGCAAAUUACGCAAUAUUCGCGGCUUACUACAGGGGAAAGGCUGCCUCUUCAGUAGAGAAAGUCGGUGCAAUGCUUGCUGUUGGCAUGUCUGCUACAGAUGUAUUGCCAUAUUUUGAGCCGUACCAGGACAGAGUGGUGGUGGCUUGCCACAAUUCGCCGAAAAGUGCCACAAUUAGUGGUGACAGAGAAGUAAUCCAAGAAUUGAACGACCGCCUCACGGCAGAAAAGAUAUUUUCGCGUUUGCUAAAAACUGAUGGCAAAGCGCAUCAUUCACACCACAUGAAAAAUGCGGCUCGGGGGUAUGAAUCUCAACUCAAGGCUCUUAACUCUUUGAACUCAGACUUGUUAUCUGAGCAGCAGAAGUGCCUCAUGGUAUCGUCUGUGACUGGCGAACCAGUAGGUGAUGCUGUCCUAGAUUCUGUGUACUGGGCAAAAAAUUCGGAAACUCCAGUUCUUUUCGAACAAGCGGUUGUGCGUAUGAUUGAGACAAAUCCACUCAUCAGUCUCGUCAUCGAAGUUGGGCCACAUUCGGCCCUUUCAGGACCAUUUCGCCAGAUUUGCAUCGACAAGGGUUUCAAGAACGUAUCUUACCUUUCUUCUUUAAAGAGGGGCGAAGAUGAUGGUGAGCAGUUAUUGAAGCUCGCAGGUGACUUAUGGGCUCGAGAUGCAUGUUUAGACAUUGGCGCUGUCGUUGAGAUUGGAUCUCUUGCUGCAGAUGGAACAAUUCACAGAAAAUGUGGAACAUUCUUGGUAGAUCUUCCACCAUACCAGUGGAACUACAAAAAGGACCUUUGGUUGGAGCCUCGUAACAGCCAAGAACACCGUGGACAGAAGCACCCACGUCAUGAUAUUUUGGGUCGUAGAGUCCUCGGCCUUUCAAGCAUUGAGCCUGUUUGGAGAAACAUUUUACGCCAUAAAGAUCUACCAUGGCUAAAGCAUCACUCAAUGGGCGGAGAAGCCGUUUUCCCAGCUGCUGCAUAUUUCGCAAUGGCAAUUGAAGCAAUAAUGCAGCUGAAUUCUGACUCUCCUUUUCCACAAAAUAUUGACAGUUAUACGUUGAGAGAUAUCACGCUAUCCAUGGCCUUGGUGAUCCCAGACAAUAAUGAAGGCGUUGAGACACUUUUCAGCAUGAGCCGGACAACAAAUGAAUCAGAACUCCUCGAAGAAGGCAUAUCAAAAACAUGGUACACAUGGACCGUCUCUUCCAAUUCCUAUGGAAGCUGGAAAAAACAUGGACAUGGAACAAUUGGAAUUAACAAACGAAACAAGGGCCGAUCUCCAGUUACGCCACCGGAACUACCUCUCCAUUAUCCAUUCCGGUUGUGGAUUGAACGUCUACACGAUUUCGCGUUUAAUUAUGGCAUAGCAUUCCAAAACAUUUUUGAUACUCGCACAGAUAAUGCCACUCAUGCUGCCACAGCAGACCUAGUCGUGAAACAGGACUGCGGCCUCAUACCUGGAGAAUCGCGUUAUGUAAUUCACCCUGCUUCUCUCGAUUCCUGCUUUCAAUUACCGCUCGUGGCCAGAUUUGCCGGUCGACUAGCUGAUGCCACGGCUGGUACCAUCCUCACAAACUUUGAUGAGGUGACAAUCUGGCAACCUGCUUCGCACCAGCUGGAAAAUCCCAAAGCUAGUGGUCAUUCCUGGAUCACAGGCGGAGGAAAUCGAGCUUUCAUUGCCAACUCUCAAUUAAUCUCUCAUGAUGGAGAGCUUCUUGUAGAUGUCAUCAAUGUGCGAGCUCUUUUAUACAAAGCAGUUAUCCUUCAAGAAAGCGGUGUUCAAAGAGAGCCCUAUUCCGAACUUAUACUGAAGCAGGAUGUUAGUUAUCUGCACUCAAGCAACUUGGGUGUGCCUUUGCCAUCUACCCUGGUUGGUUUAGUUGAUUUAUACCUCCACAAAGAUGCAUCGAUUAAGAUACUUGCUUUGAAUGAUGAGAUAGCUGCAGCUACGAUAGAGGCACUCCCAUCAGCCGACAUUACUCUUGCAAGUUCUAAAAAUUCAGACGACUCAAACACAUUCAAGUGUCUACAAAUUGACCUCAGCUCAAAUAUUCGAAUCGCAGACACGGUUGCCAAUACUUAUGACCUCAUUAUAGGCUCAUAUCCGUCUUUGCAAUAUCCGAAGCCAUUUGAACGUAUUUAUGAGUUACUCAAUCCGACUGGAACUCUUAUCCUAGAAUCAAGCCAAGCGCUGAGUAAUAUUGAAGGCUCACUUCAGUUGGCGGGAUUUAGUCACAAGCUGAGCACAACAGACAAAUCCCAUAACGGGGGAGAAAUUAUAUUAUCAAAAGUCAACAAGGAUAUGCAUGUGUCAGUAAACGAACAAAAUCCCACAUUACCUGUCAGAAAUGUGCUUUUGGUAUAUCAAACGCAACCAUCACCUUUUGUUCACUUAUUGGAACAGUUUUGUAUCGAAAACGGAUGGAAUGUUUACACCGGUCCACUAAACUCUGUCGGAAGCCAAUCUCAUGAACAUGUUAUAAUGCUCGUUGAAUUGGAAAACCCAGUUUUGGCGACACUUCAAGACGAGGAUCUUAAAACCAUCAAAUUUUUGACAGGCAAUGCUCGAUCACUGAUCUGGGUUACAUGUGGUAGUUUAAUUUCCAAAUGCGAGCCGGAAUACGGUAUGGCACUUGGAUGGUCCCGUGCUGUGAGACAAGAGCAGUCAUCCCUGGAUCUCGCUACUCUUGAUUUCGAUUUCGGGAUUAGCUCAGAUAGUAUGGUUAUCAAAGUUCUCUUUGAUAUACUGGAGCGCCAAUCUCUUGGGAAAAAUGAGGAGACAGAAUACUUCAUUGACAACAACUCAGUUCACAUUGGCCGGUUGGCUCCAGCUAGAGCAAUCAAUGCAAAUUUUGUACCUGGAACAAGCAAGCCACGACUAUCAUCAAUCCAAGAAGGGGUUGCUUUCAAGGGUCAGUUGGAAGCUGGGAAGAUCUGCUUCCAGGAUGAUUCGCGAGUGCACCAAAAUCUUCCGUCCGAUUUUAUCGAGAUUGAAGUCAAGGCCGUCGGCAUCAAUGAACAAGAUUCGCUUGUUGUUUCUGGUUCCAGCGACUCCACGACAUUCAGUCAUGAGAUAUCGGGAAUAAUCACCCAGAUUGGCUCUGAGUCUUCGGAUUUCCAAGUUGGUGAUCGAGUUGUUGCGUUUUCCUUCGACACGCUUUCAACAAAGCAACGAACAAAAGCCCAAUUUGUUCAACGGAUCGCUAACGAGCCGUUCGAUACCAUGGCCACCAUACCAACAGCAUUUUGCACAGCAAUUUAUGGUCUAUACAACCUUGCUUCUAUGGGAAAAGGCGAUGUUGUUGCUAUAAUUGACGGCUGUGGAUCUGUUGGUCUAGCAGCUAUUCAAUUAUGCAAAAACACCCAGGCCAAGCCCAUUGUCAUCACCAACGUAGAUUCCACCACCAAAUUACUUCUUGAUUUGGGUCUUCCGCGCGAGCAAAUCAUACGUCCUGGAAUUGAAGAUGUGGCAAUCCAAAUUCAGCGUCUAACGGGGGGUAGAGGUCCUGAUAUUAUCUUCACCUCUCAAUCGCACGAUAUCGCUAUUCUGCUGGAGUGCAGUAGAGUAUUGGCUCCCUUUAGUCGAAUAGUUACGUUCGGGAAGCAACGUGAUAGUGUGCUACCAAACCUCUCGAACAUAGCACGCGGUUGUAGCUUGUUUACUUAUGACCUACAGGACCUCUACGAAGAGAGGCCCGAGAUACUGUCAAGAUUGCUCCAACAAUGUGUGGAAAUGUACAAAAAUAAAGAGAUAUCAGCAAUCGGCCCACUUACCGUUAGGGAUCCGUCUCAAAUCGACGAAGUUUUCAGUUCGUUCCCGCACAACCUUGGAGAUGGUAAAUUGGUGCUUGAGUACCAACCUACUUCACUAUUUAAAGUAUGCAUACCACAAGAGUUACGUUACACCUUCGCUCUCUUACAUGAACUAAUUUGUGCAUCAUCUCAGGUUCUACCAACACCAUCUCGGCUCCAACUUAGGUCCGACGCUUCAUAUCUUCUCAUCGGGUGUCUCGGUGGUCUAGGCAGAAGCUUGACAUCGUGGAUGGUUGAAAGGGGCGCGAGGCAUCUUGUCUUUCUGUCCCGUUCUGGCACCGAUAGUCCUUCAGCUCUAGCUUUGGUUGAAGGUCUCAAAGCGAGUGGCGUGAAUGCAGUUGUGUUACGUGCCAAUGUAGCAUCAAAACCACAAAUUUUGGAGGCGAUUGCUUCAAUUGAUCCAAAGUACCCAAUACGUGGAGUUGUGCAUGCAGCAAUGGUCCUAAAAGACAAACUAUUUCAAAACAUGGAUAUUGAUAGUUGGCAACAAGUCCUAGAACCGAAGGUUAAAGGGUGUCUAAAUCUCCAUGAAGUCUUCUCAAACAAGAUCGAGUUGGACUUUUUCGUCAUGACGAGCUCAGUUUCCGGAACCCUAGGCUCAGCUGGCCAGAGCAACUAUGCCGCAGCGAAUUCAUUCCUUGAUUUUCUCGCUCGUCAUCGAAGGAAACAAGGCCUCACCGGUAUUUCACUCAUCUUGCCCAUGGUCGUCGGUAUUGGAUACGUUGCCGAUCAUCCCGAGAUCGAGACGUCUCUUCGCAGAAAAGGCUUUUAUGGCAUCGAUGAAAGUGAGAUGCUUGCCUCCUUUGAAGUUGCUAUGAUGGCUCACCAGCCGGAAGCCGAUCAUAUCAUCGCAGGAAUCGAGCCUUCUCGACUAGCCAAAGCCAUCUCGGCAACCGAAACAAAAGUAACAUGGCCUCUGGAGCCUCGACUCAGUAUAAUUCUCGCCAAGAUGGAAAACCAAAUCGCGAAUGAUGGCGUCACAAAAAGCAGCAGUAUCCUGACCAAAAUUGAGAAUUCGUUAGACAAGGAAGAGGCGGUCAAUUAUAUAUCGGAACAUCUCGUACACGGUCUUUCAACGGUGUUGAUGAUUAAUAAGGAUGAAAUUAACCCUCAGGCUCGGGCAAUUGCAAGUUAUGGGUUGGAUAGUAUGAUUGGUGCAGAAUUUCGUAACUGGAUUUUCACGGAGUUCAAGGUAGAUAUCCCAUUUCAGCAGCUGCUUGCUCCCAAUUCGACAAUUGCUAGCUUUGCAGAGAUUUUGUAUACUCAGAUCAAGAAGGAUUAGAAGUCUAGAGUAUAGAGUGUAGAAUAGAGAAGUGAUAUUACAAGUAACAAUGUUCUAUAUGUUAGC